AACCGUACCUCAAAGUCUGAGCAGUGAGCAUCAAACACGUACUCCUCUCUCCAAACACCACUAUUUACUCAGUAGUACUGAUAGGAAGAACUGAAAAAGCACAAAACGGUUCCGGCGGCUUUGCACGGCGGCGGCGGCCAUGGAUUCAAGAGAGCAUCAUCGGCAUCACUUCGCCAUGUUUCCAUGGCUGGCGUACGGCCACAUGAUCCCUUUCCUCCAACUUGCCAACGAGCUCGCCAAAAGAGGCCACUCUGUCUCCUUCUUACUCCCUCAAACCGCUGGCCGCAAACUAUCCCACGCCAAUCUUUACCCUCAACUCAUCACCUUCCAUUCUCUUUCUGUCCCUCACGUUGAAGGUCUCCCUCAUGGGGCUGAGACCACAUCUGAUACGAAUAAUGCAAUAGCGCUGUUGUUAGCCAUGGAUGAAAUGCAGGAUCAGGUAAAGGCGGUGCUCAAGGCGGAGAAGCCAAAUUUCGUAUUCUUUGAUUUUGCCGAUUGGAUCCCAAAUAUAGCAUCAGAGAUAGGCUGCAAGACAGUAUUUUUCAGUGUCGUUAGCCCUGCAUCAAGUGCAAUCGCUCUGCUCACCACCACAAACAAAGAGAAGCCAUUGGAACCGUCUGAUCUUAUAGAAUCUCUCCUAAACUACCCUUCUUCUGAUGUGCCCAUUCUUCGCGAACACGAAGCUCGCUCAUUGGCAUUGCUAGCUAGUCAACCGAACAACAACUUAAGAAAGAUCGUCAGUAAGAGUGUAUCAGGAGCCAAACAUAGUGAUGCAUUGGCAGUGAGAACCUGCAAAGAAAUCGAAGGCGUCCAUUGCAACAACCUGUCAACGCUCUACGGGAAACCAGUGUUUUGCACUGGCCCUCUUUUCCCCGAACCAAGAAAAGAGCCGUUAGAUGACACAAUUUUAAUCUUUCUCAACAAAUUUAAUUGUGCUUCUGUGGUUUUCUGCUCAUUUGGAAGUGAACUAGUUCUUGAAAUUAACCAUUUCCAAGAACUUGUCCUAGGCCUGGAACUCACAGGGCUACCCUUUCUUCUGGCUGGCAUUAAACCACCAAAAGGGACAGCUUCCAUUCAAGAAGCCUUACCAGAGGGAUUCCAGGAAAGGGUAAUAGGAAAGGCAAUGUUGUAUGAAGGGUGGGUUCCCCAAACUCAGAUUCUAAUGCACACAUCAAUUGGGUGCUUUGUGAGCCACGGUGGGUCCGCAUCAAUGUGGGAAUCUUUCUUGAGUGACUGCCCAGUAGUGUUCAUGCCAACAAGGAUAGACUAUGCUCUGAAUGCCAGGCUCAUGACUGAAGAGCUUCAGCUUGCAGUGGAAGUGGAAAUGGAAAAGGGUGAAAAUGGUUGGUUUUCAAAGGAGAGGAUUAGCAGAGGUGUUAAGACAGCCAUGGAUGAAGGUAGCAAGCUGGGUGGUCUGUUGAAGAAGAACCACAUGAAGUGGAGGGAUUUGUUUUUGAGCAAUGGAUUUGCCGACGGUUACAUUGACAAAUUCAUUCAGAAUUUGGAUGAAGAAACUUUCAGAUUGUAAGAUUUUUUGUGUGUUGUGAAGUUAUUAAAAUUUGGGCUUAAAAUUUUACCGUAGUACGUAGUAGUUUUCAACAUGAUGAUAAAUGUAAUGAUGAUAUUCUCGAUAAAGGUGUUUGAGAUGGUAAUAUUUUGGGAAAACAGUCAAAUAGGUCCUCGAACUUUCAUAAAAAGGUCAAUUAAGUCCUUCUAUAGGAGGUUCUGUCCGGCCGCCGCGAUUUGGGGCAGUUCCCGGUGGAAUUUUUUUAUGAAUGUUUUUGAGCAUUUUAUUCACCAAGUCUAGUUUACUCAUACCAAAUUUCAACUAAAAAUUCAAUCGGGAACACAUUCAAAUUAAUUCUUGAAGAUAACUGCGCAUUUUUGCGUUCUCGAAUUAAUUUGAAUGCGCUCCCGAUUGAAUAUUUAGGUGAAAUUUGGUAUGAGUAAAUUAGACUUGAUGAAUAAGAUGCUAAAAAAAUUUCAUCAAAAAAUUAAAUUCCACCAGGAACCGCCCCAAAUCGCGACGACCGGACAAAGUUUCCUAUAGAAGGACUUAAUUGACUUUUUUAUGAAAGUUCGAGGACCUAUUUGACAGUUUUCCCUAAUAUUUUUAUUCAUUGGUAAAAGUUAUUAAAAUCAUAGGUAUGAUGGUAA